CAGCACCGCACCUCCUCCUCCGCCUCCUCCUGUCCGCAGCAUCUCUCUCUCUCUCUCUCUCUCUCUCUCUCUCUCUCUCUCUCUCUCUCCUUGCACUGUUUCUGCCACUCAGAGAGAGAGAGAGAGGAGGGAGUGGAAAGACACGCUUGUGUUUUGUUUUGCAACUCCUGCGUCUGACCGACAUUCUUCCAUGAAUCAACACCAGAGAAACCUACAGAUUGAACAGACCACCACAACCCCCGAAGAGCUAUCAAAGACAGCUUUCUUAACUCACAGUAAAUGCAAGCGAAAAAGAUUUCAUGAGAUGACAUUUCGUCCUUGGAAGACUCAACUGAAGGGCCAUCAUCGCACAGACCCUCAAGAGGAGAGACAGGGAGGGAAGAAAUAUUUCUAACUCCAUAUAUGGCCAAUCGGUCCAACAUGAGCAUCCCGACUAGUUUCCAGGGACCGAGGGUCAAUGUCGACAGAGGAGACAAGAUUGGAAACAAAACGCAGAUCCAGUUCCCCCAGGCUGGGGAUGAUAAUGCCAAUCGAUUAUCUUCAAUCGGUGGUCAACAAGGAAGAGGGCUGAUAGAGGACACGGGUUACAGCACAACUUCCAUUCCUCCUUUGGUCUCUAAAAGGGAAUCCCCUGACAAGUUAGUGAUCUGGGGAUCUGAGCAGCAGUGCAUGGAGUUUUUGGAGUGUGAGGAGAUACAUGCAUUCUUGGAAGACAGGGAUCAGGAGGAGGAGAAUGAGGAGGAAGAUGAUGGAGGGAGUAUGAGAGAUGGAAAAGACGACGGUGCCAUGUCCAUAUCCUCCAGUUCAACUGCCAGCUCUGCUUCGAUCGGCGUGAGGAGAAAUGACAACGACAGCAACAAAGUGGAGAGCAGGAUACAGAGGGGCAAAGAGGUGCAGAAAAGGAUUGCCUGUCAUAGCACUGAAGAGCUUGACACAUGUGUGACAGGCUCCAUAGACAAAAGGGACACCAGGUCAGGCAGGGAGAGGCGGAAGGGAGUUCUGAAGGAGUCAAAGUCUGAGACAAAUGUGUUUGUCUCCAGUUUGUCAGCCGUUUCCCUCAGCGGGAGCUUGUCCAGUGCUCUGGAUGGCAGCGGAGAAGCACAGUCUCCAAUCUCUCUGUCCAACUCCAAGACCCACCCUUAUCCAAAUGCUAACAACACUACCUCAGGCCAGACCAGGAGAAGGGCAGUCUCUGUAGAUGCCAACCAGAACUCUGCAUCAUCGCAUCCUCAGGAGAUACAUGACCAUCCUCAGUUCUGCAGCCAGGAUCAGAGACAGAGGGAGGGAAGCCAUCAUAGAAAUGGAUUGUCCUCGGAUGUGGGGCUGGGCCAAAGGAGGAAGGCUGGAUUUGAGGAGAGGGUUCUGCCACCGCGACGGCAACAGCUCGUCAGACCCCUCUGUCAGACAGAGAUGGGAAGAGCGAGGUGUUUAGCAGAGCCCAGUGCUCAUCAAGCUGAGAUGGGGCAACCCGCUUCUCCUGACCACACCCCAGAUUCAUACAGUAACGGGUCAAACAGAAAGUUUACAAAAACAUCUUUACGUGAACCAUCAGAUUUCUCCCACCUGUACAGCACAUCUGCAGUCCCCCAGCCCAGGCAGCCCAACCCAGCGGCCCAGAGGGAGGCUCCACCUGUGGAGACACAGGUGGCUUCAGCCCAGCGGCGUAGUUCCAGUCCAUCUAUCCCUUCCACCUUAGAGAAGAGACCCCAGACCCAGCUCACAUACAGAAGGAAUUGCUCCAGUCCCAACAGGACUGGGGUUGAAUCCAGGUCAUCUACCCCUCCCCACUCCCCUCUCAGGACACCCCAGGGCUCACCACGCAGGCAACCCUCCAUGUACCUCGUUUCCAGGAAUGUCUCUGGAGUGGUUAAACACAUCCCGUCAGGAUGCAACCCUGCUGUAACAACGUCGGCUCAGGGCUAUGGCAACAGUUGCUUGAGAGCACCAGUCAAAACUAAUAUAAGCACAAGCGGAAUCCCCAAAGCGCCUCUAAACAGCCAGCAGAGCUCUCCCCAAUCCAACCACAGCUCCAGUCCCAAAGAGAGCUCUCCAUCGCCGAAACUUAAGCCUAAAGGGGUUCGGCCUAAAAUCAUUACCUACGUCCGAAAGAAUCCUCAGUUUAAGCCCCAAGCUGCUGACGGACCUUAUCAGGUAUCCUCUCUACCGUCCAGGCUCUCUGCAUAUGCACACGGCCAAGCACCCACCUCCUUCAAAGGCACCCCUAAAGACCCCUCCAAGCCUGACGCAGAAACCAGAGGACCCCCGGUGCUCGUUGCCUCCAAUCUGCUCUAUGACAAGUACCGUCAAGAGAUGCAGACGACGAGCAUCUUCCCAUCAGGUGUGCUGAGCAGGAGUAUCAGGCCCCCCGGGCACACAAACACUGUCCCGCCUGCACACACACACAGUCAUACAGCACCACCCAAGCUGAGCAGCAAAGUAGACAACUUCUACGGGCCGCCAUCAGAAGUGGGAAGAUCUGCCGGUUUUAAAGGGAGUUCUCCUGAGGACGCGCUGCAGCAUCGGGCAGCUGCUCAGGCCGGAGGGAGCGGCAGCCUCCUGCGCUCCGGCAGAGGUCUGCGUCUGGGCCUGGGGGCUGUCACCAGGACAGCUACAGGCUCAGCCAAGGGCAGAGGACCCUGUCAGGGUCAGAGGUCAACGCUGGUCUUCAGCCAGCCUGUCCAGCCUGUCAGCCCAGCGACCAGUCAGAAAGAUAACACAGAUGACCAGGUUUUCACCCAACAUGCUGCUCCUCCUGCUCCUGCUCCUGCUCCAGCUCCUGCUCCUGCUCCAGUUCCUCCUCCAGCGUCAGCAGCAGCCCAGCCCCUGGCCCCAGCGUCCAGGUCUAUGCUUCCCAAGGCCAGCCAGUCGGGCCUGCGUCCCCCAGGCUUCAGCUCCAGCCGCCUCCCUGCGGGCCGCCUGGCGGCCUUCGGCUUUGUCAGGAGCUCCAGCGUGUCCUCUGUCUCGUCGGCUCACUCUGCCGACAGCACACAGAGUGACCCCUGCAGGACAGCUCACCGUCUGAGUGUGAGUGAGGAGCCUCCUCUUCACAGAGUGACCACCAGCCCUCCAUCAACAGAUCACCAGAGAGGCGCACCAUGCCGCAGCAACAGUCUCCAGCCACCAUCCACCCCGGCUCUGCCCCGGCGCUACCUGCCCCCCCAGCCAAGAAGCUCCCCUGGAGUGGGCAGGAAGGAGUUUCAGCGCAGUUCAGAGGUCACACGUUCCCUCCCGUCCUCCCCGAAGAGGCUGGCCGUGGUUCCUCCUAAACCUCAGUCCCCUGUCCAGUCUGUGCAGCGGCCCGCAGCGGCAGUGCGAGGGUCGGCUCCCCCGGGGUCCCCUCGCCGCGUGGCCCCACUCAGGCUGCAGCAGGAACAGCAGGAGAGCCUGCAGAGAGAGAAAGAGGAGGCUCAACAGAAAGAGAGAGAAAGGCAAGCAGGGGAGAGAGAAAAAGAGGAGCAAAGGGAGGAGGUUCAGAGGCUGCAGGGACGCUGUGAGCAGCAAGAAAGGCAGAUGAGAGUGCUAAGAGAGGAACUGAGGAAGACCUCCUUAGGCCUAGAAGCCUUCAUCAUCACCACUCAGCAUUACUGCCUCAAGAAUAAAACUACAGAAGAAAAUCAAAGGAAAUUGUCUGUGGAAAUGCAAAAGAUCAGAGAGGAAAUGGCAUCUAACUCAGCCCGAUGGGAGAGACUCCAGCGGGAAAAGACAGUGCUGGAGGUGGCGUUUGAGCGAGAGUUGCAGGAGCUGCAGCUGCAGCAGGAGGCAGAGCUGGCUGCUGUGGAGGAGGGGCUUAGAAAGUGUCACUCAGCAGAGACAGAACACUUGAAGGUGGAGCAUCAGUCAGAGAUGGAGGAGCUUAGGACCCAGCAACAGGAACAGGUGGAGGAGAUGACAGUCAACCACCAGGCAGCCAUUCAGGAGCUCAGAGACAUGCAUAACAUCACCAUGGCAACACUGCAUGAGGAGCACGCCCGUACCAUGAGAGACUUAAGGAAAGCUCAUGAGCAACAGAAGAUGCUUCUAGAGGAGGAUUUUGAGAAACUCAGGCUUUCUCUACAGGAUCAAGUGGAUACUCUCACAUUUCAAAAUCAGAGUCUGAGGGACAAAGCCAAACGUUUUGAGGAAGCUUUGAGGAGGAGUACAGACGAACAGAUAGUUGAUGCUUUAGCUCCGUACCAGCACAUUGAGCAAGAUCUGAAGAGCCUGAAGGAGGUUGUAGAAAUGAAGAACCAGCAGAUACACCAACAAGAGAAGAAGAUAACCGACCUGGAGAGAGUGCAGGCCCAAAAGAACGUGUUCCUUGAGGAGAGGGUCCAGGUUCUGCAGCAGCAGAAUGAAGAUCUGAAGACACGUAUAGAAAUGAACCUAGCUCUCUCCAGGCAACUAUCAGAGGAGAACGCCAACCUCCAGGAUUCUGUGGAGAAGGAGAGCACCGAGAAGAAGCGUCUGAGUCGGAACAACGAGGAGCUGCUGUGGCGUCUCCAGACCAGUCCCCUCAUGUCCCCCGCCUCCUCCCCGCUGCACCGCUCCUUCUCCACCUCCCCCGUCCCCUCAUCCCCAUUCUUCUCCUCCUCACCUGUAACAGGGUGCGACUCCCCCAGUCACUGCUGCGGCUGUUCCCAGCAAGUUCAGUACUCCUCCCCCUCCCACAGAGCCACCACCAAUCAAAAUCUCUCCCCGGGGCCUGCCACACCCACUCACAGGGCAGCAAGUAAUCAGAAUUACUCCCCCGGCCCGGCCACGCCCACACACAGAGCAUCGGUCAACCGCUGUAACUCACCCGCUAGUCUCAACUCUUUACAGAGAUAGACUCGCAUCUUUCUCCCUCCAGUUUCUUACAUGGCUCAUUCUCUUUCAUUCCCUUCAUUCUCCCGUCUCCUCCCCCCUUUUUUUGAAUGUGAAUGGAAUUGUAAUACAUGUUGGAGAAGAACAACGACUGUGGUCUAGAGUCAUCACAGGAUAAACUGGACAGACAGUGUCAAAGCACAGAGGUUACAACGCCUCUACAGCUGGUGGUGUCCAUCAUGCAUCUACUUUAUACAGAGAGAUACAAUAAGACAGUGAAUACUGUAAUUGGGAAAAAUGAUGCCAGUGACUGCAACUCAGUUCUUUAUUCCAACUUGUAUUAAUGCAGAGUCUUGAAAUGUAGACUGUAUAUACUGUAUGAUAGUUAAACCUCCCCUGCAUGGGUAGUCAUGAGUCCCACAUAGACAGAAACAGACAGAAAGUAGCACACUCUUGUCACCAGAAUACAAUAGUCGUCCUUGAUAAAAUAAGCUAUAUUCUUUCUCAUUGAGAUUUGUUCUCAUAGUCAGUUCGUUUUUAAACGAUGAAUUGCAAUUGAACUGAAUCAGUUUUCUGCCGAAAUGUUUUUCUUUUGUUUUUUUCAUCUGGAAAAAUCCCCAACAAAGCGCCUUAUACUUGGUCCUGCCGUCUCACCAGCAGAGAACGACCAGCAUUUUAUUUCAUAAAAAGGACUUUGCAUAAAGAAUUGGUUUGUAAAUCAGAGCAAAUCAUGUUUCUCAGCA